AUGAGGUACUGCUGGUACUACUGGUACGCUAAGAUGUACUCCAUCCGCAGCCUGCCCAGCAUGGUGUACCGGGAGCAGCCAGAGGAAGACGGAGUAGAGGACAUGACGCAGCUGGAGGAGCUGUCUGAUGGAUCUGUGCUGCUCAACCUGAAGAAGAGGUUUGAGAGGGAGAUCAUCUAUACAUAUAUAGGUAGUAUCCUGGUCUCGGUGAACCCCUAUAGGAUGUUCAACAUGUACGGAACUGACAUGGUGCUGAAGCACAAGGGAACCGCUCUGGGAGAGAACCCUCCACACCUGUUUGCCAUAGCAAACGUCUCCUACACCAAAAUGAUGGAUGCCAAACAGAACCAGGUUAUUAUAAUCAGUGGGGAGAGUGGAUCAGGGAAGACCGAGGCCACUAAACUGCUGCUGUGUUACCUAGCAACAAUACACCACAAACACAACAUUACACAACAGAUUCUUGAGGCAGCUCCUCUUCUAGAAUCCUUUGGAAACGCCAAAACAGUUCGCAACGACAACUCCAGUCGCUUUGGGAAAUACGUGGAGAUCUAUCUGGAGGAGUGA